AGCAGAGUUAAGGGAACCAACGAACAGGCAAUUGCUCACGGUUUGAACCUUUCUGCGGCCGAAAUUUUAAGAGCUGAAAAUAUGUGGAUCCGGAGUGUUCAAGAAUCGAGCUUCGCGGAAGAAUUGAAAUACUUGCGAAGUAAGUCGAAAGCAUCGUCCCCGCCGAAUGUUCGGAACUUAGGACUGUAUGUCGAUCAAGAUGAUAUGUUAAAAUGUAACGGUAGAUUAAACAAUGCGCCUUUCCUCGAAUCAGAAAAACGACCGAUACUUCUCCCAUCCAAACACUAUUUCACAAAAUUGACAAUUCGAAAGGGUUCACGAAGAUGUUAA